AUGAAUGGUUUCGUCUCUUCAACACCCAUGUCCGGAUAUGAUGACUUCGUGAGGACAGUGUGGGAUCAGUUCGACAAUGAAAGUCCGCAAUUCAUGAUAAAUCUUUGGCACACGAUGCCCAUGGACACGACCUUUGAUCCUAUGCGGAUAGACCCGGCGUUGAUGAUGAGUAUGGGUAUGGACAUGAGCGGGCAAAUAGCCGUGUCGAAGUUACGGGAAGCUACACGAGACAAACUACUUGCCAUCACCCAAAGCUUCCUUCACAAGGCCCGGGCUAUUCACGAAGACGGCAGUAGCUCAUCCUGCAGUUGCGAGUCUCCAGGAUCCACGGCUUCUCACUCCAACUUUGUUCUUCUUCCGCCUGCUCGCGUUCUGGAGUGCUUCCUUAAGUCAUAUACCAACUCUUUCGAACGCUAUUAUCCCACCUCCGCCAGAGGUGUCCUUGACACCAACGAGUUGAUUCAAAACUACAACGAUAAGGCAUCGAGCUUGCUCACCCUCAUGAUGAUUGCGCACGGCGCCAUGACCAUUCCGUCUAUAGAAGUGAGAUGGCUGACUGGUGGCUUCACUGAAGCAUGUCGAAUAUCGCUCUUCGACCUCAUCGAGAAGAACAUCAUCAUGACUGGUGAACCUAUCGUUCUGCAUGCAGCCCUUCUCUUCACUGUUCCAGUGGCGUGGAGUGGGGAUAAGUGGCAGAUGGACAUCGCCAUGGGUCAGCGUGGCAUGUAUCUUUCGAUGCUACGACACUCCGGUAUCCUCGGUGUGCGACCGCCGACAACGCCUCACAUUAAUGGAAACACUUCGAUGAAUGCGUUGUGGAAGGACUGGCUUCAGCAAGAAAGCCGCAGUCGGUAA